GAAGCUGAAGGAGCGCUGUGGGCUCCACAGUUCAGGAUCUCUGGAGCCGGGCAGACUCCUCAGCACUCAGUCCGCUCAGGUUGUACAUCUGCAGCAGCUCCCGCUACUACAGCCCGCAUGGAGACAGCACCGACCCCGGACAUCAUGCACGUCUGACAGCCUCCACACACCGCGUUUUUCGUGUAGCCUGACCCGGUGGGAGAAAAGUCUCACUCACAGCUCACUUUGAUUGCUCCGCUGAGGUGGACCGAGCGUCCAAAAGGAUUUUUUUUUUCUUUCCUUUCCCUCCUCCUCCUGGUUCCCUCUCCCCUUCCGCCUCUCGCAGUCCGCUGCUCUUGUUUUUUGACUUUUCUUUCUUUCUUCCUUUCUUUUUUUCAAACCACCCGUGGAAAGGAAGCUGUUUCCCUGAACGCCCAGCACCCAUGAAUUCAGAUAAAAAUGUGUACCUCGGCAGGGACAAAGGCAUCAUGCGGAAGAGAGCGCUGCUCCUUCGGAAAGGUUGCAGCUUCGAGAUUACCAGCUCUGCCUCGGAGGACUUGGGCUGCAGGCGUGGAGACUUCAGCAGGAAACACUAUGGUUCGGUGGAGCUGCUAAUUUCCAGUGACGCAGAUGGGGCCAUUCAGAGGGCAGGACGCUUCAGGGUGGAGAAUGGCUCAUCAGAUGAGACCUCGGACUACACUCCGGGAACCUGGAGGAGAACCGAUGUCCAUCUGGAGAAUCCAGAGUACCACACCAGAUGGUUCUUUAAAUACUUCCUGGGAAAAGUCCAUCAGAACUACGUGGGUACGGAUGCAGAGAAGAAUCCCUUCUACCUGUCGGUCGUCCUCUCAGACCAGAACAACCAGCGGGUUCCUCAGUACAGAGCCAUCCUCUGGAGGAAGACGGGCACUCUGAAGAUCAGCCUCCCCUACAGCCCGACCAAAACACUAUCAGUCAAGUCCAUCCUCAGUGCAAUGAACAUGGACAGGUUUGAGAAAGGCCCCAGGGAGAUCCUCAACCCGGAGAUUCAGAAGGAUCUGCUGGUGUUGGAGGAACAGGAGGGUUCCGUCAACUUUAAAUUUGGCGUCCUGUUUGCCAAAGAUGGACAGCUCACAGAUGACGAGAUGUUUAGCAAUGAGACGGGGAGUGAGGGCUUCGAUAAGUUUCUCAAUCUGCUGGGUGAUUCCAUUACGCUGCAGGGAUGGGCAGGUUACCGUGGAGGGCUAGACACCAAGAAUGACACUACAGGAAUUAAGUCCAUCUACACAGUGUAUCAGGGCCAUGAGCUCAUGUUCCAUGUGUCCACCAUGUUACCCUACUCUAAAGAGAACAAACAGCAGGUGGAGAGAAAGAGGCACAUUGGAAACGACAUUGUUACCAUAGUAUUCCAGGAAGGGGAUGACGCAUCAUCGUCCUUCAAACCGUCUAUGAUCCGAUCACACUUCACCCAUAUUUUUGCAUUAGUUAGGUAUAAUAGCCAGAAUGACAGUUACAGGUUGAAGAUAUUUUCAGAGGAGAGCGUUCCACUGUUUGGACCCCCUCUCCCAUCUCCGCCUGUAUUUACUGAUCACCAAGAAUUCAGGGACUUUUUAUUAGUCAAAUUAAUCAAUGGAGAGAAAGCCACACUGGAGACGCCAACGUUUGCCCAGAAGCGUCAGCGGACCCUCGACAUGCUGAUCCGCUCGCUCUACCAAGACCUCAUGCCUGACCUGCACAAGAACAUGUUAAACCGGCGGUCCUUCAGUGACGUGCUGCCCGAGUCUCCAAAGUCAGCACGCAAGAAAGAAGAAGCACGACAGGCUGAAUUUGUCAGAAUAGGGCAGGCUCUGAAGCUGAAGACCAUCGUGAGAGGAGAUGCCCCGACUAGUCUUGUUACCACGGGCCUCUGCAGAAAAGAGCCAUGGGAGUCCCAGUCAUUCUGCAGCACAUUCCCCUAUGAGAUCGUGUGCGCUGACUCCUGGGGUCAGUCUCUGCUGGCUGCCACAGACGCAGCAGGAGUCAUGCUGCUGGAUGGCCCUGAUCCAGCUUUGCCCAAUGCUGAGAUGCAGGUUCUGCCUCCGGUGCAGGUGUUUGACAAAACUAUGGUGGUGAAGCAGAUGCAUGUUCUUGAGCCUCAGGACCUGCUUAUCACCCGCGCUGACAAAGGGAAGGACGCUCGGCUCUAUGUGUUCAGACUCAGCACGCUGAAGAGAGGACUGGAGGAGAAGCAGCUCGUCAGGGGCAAGUGUGACAGCCGGGAGAACAAACUGGAGAAAACUAAAGGCUGUCAUUUGUACUCCAUCAACACCCACCACGGCUCAGAGCUGAGGAUAGUAGCAGCCAUCAGGAACAAACUCCUCCUCAUCACCAGGAAACAUCCACGUUUCGAAGGCUUCAGCGCCAUCGCCUCGGGGGCAGACUCGCCAGUUGAGGAGUUUCAAUACAUACGGGAGAUCUGUCUCUGUGACCCGCCGGUGGUGAUGGCGCUGGUGGACGGGCCAACGGGGGAAAAUGACAAUAUGAUCUGUGUGGCCUACAAACACCAGUUUGACCUGAUCAAUGAGAGCACCGGAGAUGCCUACCGGCUACAUCAUGUAGACGCCAACAGGGUAAAUUUUGUAGCAGCCAUUGAUGUGUAUGAAGACGGCGAGGCAGGUCUGCUGCUGUGUUACAACUAUAUUUGUUACUAUAAGAAAGUUUGUCCGUUUAACGGCUCCACACCGAUGAUCCAGUCCAACACCUCCGACUUCCACUUCAGCUGGAAUCAGAUGCCCAAUGCUAUUGUUUGUGCGUUUCCUUACAUCCUGGCCUUCACAACGGACUCUAUUGAGAUCAGACUGGUGGUCAAUGGGAACCUUGUGUACACAGCGGUGGUCCCGGAGCUACAGUUGGCCGCUUCACGGUCGGACAUCUACUUUGUUUCGUCGGCUCCGGUGAGCUCAGCCUCCAACUGCAGUUCGAGAGACACCAGUUCCCAGAGUUCCCCGCAGACGCCCACCGGCUACGAGAUGCCCGUGUUCCCCUCGCCGCUCGGUGAUGAUUCUAUACGGAUCCCCUAUGGUACCAAGCUUUCCCUGUACAUGUCUAAGGAUGCCGAAGGUGAAGCGGCGUGUAAGCACAUGUUCAAGAUCCCUCUGUGUAACUUGGUCGGCCGCAGCAUCGAAAGGCCCCUCAAGUCGCCUCUGGUCAACAAGGUGCUGACGACGCCGGCCCCCGCCAUGGUACCGCCGACUCCCCUCAUCUCCGCCACGCACUCGCUUUCCCUGUCCCGCAUGGAGAUUAAAGAGAUAGCCAGCCGCACACGGAAGGAGCUGCUCGGCUUGACAGAGGAACCAAGUGGGAAGCCAGACAGUGGAUCCGUCAAGCAGAGGAAGAUGAGCAAAAAGAACACAGAGGAGGAGCCCAAAGCACGAGCACUGACGUCAACAAACAGUGACAGCAGGUUAGCCUCAGAGUCUGUUGAAACAGAGCUGGACCUCCAGCUGCACUGUUCAUCCAGUUCGGAGGCCGAGCCGGAGAAGGUGGUGCUGCGGGCGGAGAGCCCACCUCUCGCCAGCGCCUUUGCCCUCACCACGUCCUUCGAAGAAGAUGUCCUAGACCUGAAGUGAAGACAAUCCCAUCAUGCACUUCUCUGCCCACCCACUCCUGUACUGUCACCAUUAUUUUACUGUUUGUUCGGUUUGCUUUUAUUUCAUUGUUUGUUACAUUUUCUUGUCUUAUUUUUAUUCUUUGUUUUGUAUCUUGGGUCUCCCCAUUCAUCGGAUAAGAUGGGUGCACUGGGAGUUAAAACAUGUGCCCGUGCGUGUGUGUUUGUUUUCACGAGCAGUCCCUCAGCCACUGUGCAUCGGGUGUUUGUGUUGCCCCCUCCCCCGCAGCAAAUAGCCCAAAGAGGUGUCGAGGUUGUGCAAAAUGCCGUGGUUGAUAUAGAGUUCUGCAACGGCCUUGAGGGUAACGUUAACGGUUUGAUCCCAAACCGCCAGCUGAAUGUAAAUCUGAGCACCGAGGCACGACAGAAAUCUCAUUCACAAUGCCCUCUGCUAGUUGCUAGAGCUUAAUGUGUUGUAUAUUAUGUGAUUAUUUCCGAUCCACUUUCAAAUGUUGUAUGAUAUGCAUAUGUACGUGUACAUCUGUUUAUACAUGAGGAUGCAUACACUGUGACAGGCGUGUAUGCCUGUCACGCCUGUGAUGCAUAUUUAUAGAUAUAUUAUUAAAAAAAAAUCCAUUUUAUUCCCAUAUUUAGUAAAAGUAUGUUUUAUGCUCUCUGCACAUAUUAGUCCUUAUUCCUCUCCUUAUUCACAGCAUACAGGUAGACAGGGCUGGAGGCAAAGUCUCCCACAAGUGCCAUUUCCCAGCAUCCUCCACUGAACUACACCUCUAACAGCCGCCAUAUUCUGGUGUCUGACAGUAGCAGCCAUGAUUGUAGUCCACAUUAGAUUACUACAAAUCCAUUCAGUCUGGAUAAAUCUACUUCCUGGAGGCACUUUCUCAAGGCCACACACACUUAACACCCCGCCCUUGUAAGAAUUAGCCCACCUUAAAUCUGCAUGACCAACCUUUGCUGCAAGUAUUGUGUCUUCUGUGCCCAAACAAUAGCUUGUUUUCGAAACUUUGAGACAUGGCAGCAUAAAGUCAAACCACAACCGGAAGUGACGGAAAGAGUGUGGAUGUCAAAAGACAAUGGUCUAAGGUACAACCAGACAGGAAGGGAGUUAUAGACAGAACCACAAUUUUACAUACAAAAUGAAGAUGAGGUAGAGGAUACCAUUAUAAACAUCAUUAAGAAUAAAUUAAUAAAAGUCAGCAAAAAGCUAUUUGUGGAAGGGAAUACAUUUAAUGUAGCCUAAAAUAAAGUAUUGUUUAUUGUUAUUGCACAUUUCAAAUACAAUCUAGAUACACUGUAACUUUUAAAAGUUGACUUUACUUAAAUAAAGUCAGACAAACCAAUGACCUCAGAAUUGGCAAGUAAAGAUAAAGAUAAAAUUUAG